CACAACUCCCACAGUGCCCAGCGGCGUAACCCCCCCCCUUUUUCUGAGCCCUUUGGGUCGAGAAGAGAAGGGGGAAGGCUCCCCAAAAUGGCGUCUCCUGCCUGCAGGGGAGCCGGGGGCGUCCCUUCCAGCACGGGCUCCUUGGGCUACUGCUUGGCCCAGCUGCGCAAAGGCACGGAGCCCGGCCUGGGCAAGGCCUUGCUGGCCCUCAGGACCCAGCACAUCAAGGAGGCCGGGGGCAUCGCCCGCUUCAGGGACCGCGGGGGGCUGGCUCCUCUGCUGGGGGUCCUGGCCGGCGCCCCGAGGCCCAGGAGGACCCUGGACCUGGCCCUCAGCAUCCUGGGCAACUGCUGCACCGAAGGGGGCAGCCGCACCCAGGUGCGAGAGCUGGGGGGGAUCCCUGCCCUUGUUGCUAUCCUGAAAUCACUCGCAGCAGAAAGCAUCCAGAAUCGGACAGCACGGGCUCUCGGCAACCUGGCUGUAGACUCGGAGAACUGCCAAGCCAUCCACGAAGCAGGAGCUGUUCCCCCACUGGUCCAGGUCCUCACCACCUCCCAGGACAGUGAGUGUUUGCAGAGUGCAAUCAGGGCAGUGCGAUACCUGGCCAACACUCCUGCCCAUCGCCUGAUGCUGGCCCAGCAAGGAGCAGUCCGCCCCAUUGCAGAACGUUUGGCUGCCUCCCUGGAUGAUGCUGCCCUGGUGGUGGCAGCUGUGCGCACCCUCCUUGAGCUCACUAAAGGCUGCAGCCGUGACUGUGCUGAACAGCUCAGCCUGGGUGGUGGGAUCCCACCCCUUGUGGCCUUGGCCACUCAUGACAAGCGGGCAGUGCGGGAGUAUGCCCUCACAACCCUCGCCAACCUUUGCCUGCAGGGGGUGCUGCGGCCAGCGGUCGGCAAUGCUGGAGGGGUGGAAGUGCUGGUUGGGGAGAUCCGGCGUCGAAAGGAUGCUGAGGCUCCUGGGACUUCCCUCCAUCCACUAGUGAAAGCUCUCUGUCUUUUGUGCCGGGAGGCUGUCAACAGAAGCCGGGUCCGUGAAGCUGGGGGUUUAGAGCUGCUGCUGUCCCUGCUGCGGGACCGGUGCCAGAGUUCCUCUCAUGCCCGUGUGGUGGUGGCCUUUGUGGCCUUUUUCUAUGAUGAAGAUGCACUGGAGGUUUUACAGGCUGGAGGGCUAGUGCCUUUGCUGGUUGGCCAGUUGGCAGCGCUGAGCCAGUGGAGAGGCCAGGAGGAGGAAGAGGAAGAGGAGGAGGAACGUGAAGAUGAGAGAGACGCAGCUUCUUUUGACUUCCCUACAGAAGGGCGACGUGGGGAGCAGUCCACGCCAGGGGCAGAAUCUUCCAGCUUUCAGAGUCUCAGAUCUUGGCUUCUUUCUGAAGGCUAUAUUGCUAGUCCAGGAGACCUUUCCCCACAGUGGUCUCCUGACACCACCCUUUCUGAACUGGAUGCUCAGGGAUGUGCCAGUCCUAAUCAAGAACUGCAAGACGAAUCCCUGGGAUCCUGUCAUGCUUCCUCUGGAGUAAAACCCCAAUCUAGGUCAGAAUCCCCUGAUUUCUUAAACUGUCCAUUGUUGGAUUUGUCCCUUGUGGGACAGCCAACUGCUUCUGAGACAUUAAACUCAGCAGAGGAGGAUGGAAUACAACCAGAGCAGAGCUCAAGUCCAACAGCAUCCCUUACACUGGAGGAAUCUGAAAAUCUCCAUUCAGAACCAGUUGUACAGACACCAGAUUUAGAUGGGACCAAAGAAGAAGCGACCAUUGGAAACAGUGAGCAGCAGAAGAGACUAUCAGAUGUAUCACCAGUGGAAAAAAUAGAGGAGGGAAUCCAGGGGAAGGAUCUGUUACCAUGUUCAUUGUCUUCAGAAGUGACACCAGAUUCAGUGGUGUCAGCAGAAGCAGAUGUAAAGAAGUCCACCUGGAUUGCCUUGGUAAGAGACCAGAAUGAGCCUGGGCCCAGUAACAUGAACUCAGUUCCGGCAAUGUCAUCUCCAAGGAAGAGUGACACAAACCAGCUGUUGCCAAAACCUGCUGCCAAACCACCGAUUACAGAAGAGACUUGUUUGGUCCCCCACAGGUCAAGCAUGCAGAAUCUCCCAAGCUCUCCUGACGAGUACAGGAUGCCUACUACCUGCUGUAAGCGUCGGACCAAGUUUCGGUCAACAACUGAGCAAAUGACACCUCCUCAAGUGCCACGCCCUGCUGGGGAGAUCUUAUCUCCUUUGCUUUCCUUAGCUCUCCCUCUCUCAUUCUCUCCUUAUGGAGGUGACAGAGAGCUCCAGGCUCCUGAAGCCCCAGCAUUGCUACUCCUGUCCCGAUUUUCUCAAGCUGAGGAUCCCAGCCGUAGCUUGGUGACACCAACAACACUGCGAGGGUUGCUGCGCUAUGUGACUGGGAGCCCUGCGCCCUCAUCUCGCUGCCUCCGGUUGCUGCAUCGACUUACCUGCAACCCAGCUUGCUUGGAAGCCUUUGUUCGUUCCUAUGGGGCCUCACUCAUCCGAUCUUGGUUAAUACUUGGGGUGUCACCUGAGCAGGCUGCUUCUGCUGUUGCUGCUGAACGUGAAGAAGAGAAGUUUGAACAGCUUGAUACCAGAAGAUUCAAGGAACUUGGAGAGACACUACUGAUGAAUCUUUGUGUACAAGCAGAGUCCCCCUUUGGUGUGGGUGUCCUCACUCAUAUGCUGCUGUCAGGCUCUGAAUUGGACCAGGUAGCCUGUGCGCUUGCCCUUCCCAUUAUCUGCAGGAAGGAUUCCCUUUGCCGAAAAUUGCUACUGGACCUCUCUGGCCUGCGCCUCUUGCUGGGAGCCCUGGUGCGGGACCCCGACCCUAUUUUUGUCUUCUAUGCCUCAGAUUGCCUCUCCCUCCUCCUGCGUGCCCCAUCCCAGAGUCCUGUCCAGGUCUUGUCUCCUGCCCUGAAGCGGCCCCGCGUGGGUUCCCCACUGCCCUGCUCUUAUUCCCGCCUCACAGAUGAAGGCAGGGCUGACUUACACUUCCAGCUCGAUUCAGGUCUCAUGGUGCCCGCCGCACGCCAGGCUGUCAGUGAAGCCUCUGAGGUCUUCUGUGCCAUGCUGAGUGGAGGAUUCGCUGAGUCAAGCCGCACCACAGUGACACUUCACGACGUGGCACCAGACCCAUUCCUUGCUCUUAUGCACUUCCUCCAUGGUUGCCGUGGCAAGCCCUGCCCAUUGUUAGGCAUGUCGUUCCCCCUCUCUUUAGCCGAGGAGAUUUUCACAGUUGCCGAACAGUAUCUCCUGCCAGGCCUCCAAUCUCUGGUGGACGGUGUUCUGUGCCAGGACUUCCUGCACCUGGGUACUCUAGGCAAGGUGUACCGUUUGGCUGAACAACAGAACCGUUCUCGCCUACUUCAGCGGUGUGUAGUCUACACCCUCCAGGAGGUGGUAGACCCCACCUGCCGAGCUGCUGGCUUGGCUGAGUUACUCCAAUCAGCUGGCAAUCCCACUGGGCUGGCUGAGGAGUUGCUCCGGGUGGUGGUGGAGUCCCCAUGGGGCUCUGGUGCUGAGGGCCAGCUGGGCUGAGGGAGUCAUGAGCACACACACAUACACACAUUUUCUCUUCCUCCUCCAGGCUUUCACCCGUGACUCAAGUACUGAUGUGGCCACGUGACACACAAGCACAACACCUGCAUGAGUGUUGAAGAAUAAAUGGAACGAUGCUCAAAGAAAGGGUAGUGUGGGUGAAUGAAUGAGCCUUGCUAUGGGCUGAAGUUCGACCUCCUCAUGGGAUAAACCUGUGAGGAGGAUGACAGAGCAGUAAGCAUCCUGUGGUAACAUGGUGAUGUGUACGUGUGUAAAAUAGGAUGGAGGCAGAACUUGACAAAGUUAUUUUUCGGGACUACAACUCCCAGAACCCCUAAGCCAUGCUGACUGGGAUUGUGAGUAUUAUCCCCUCAAAAAGUAAUAUUUUCAAACUUUGGGCGAAGGUGAUUGUGUGGAGAGUUGCAGGGCAACCUAUUGGUUAAAAGAAGGGCAGAUGAACUGGAUUACAAACUGGCCUCUGAUUUUGAUCUGAAGCAACAAAUGGACAUUUGGGGUGGGAUGGGGUAGGAUAUUUCUUCCUGGCCAGAACUAUACAAACUCCAGCCCAAUUUUUUAUGAUGGGCUUGGUAGAAAUUAGCAUAGGGCCCCCUUCUGGACUAGGAUAGGACCUCUUUUGGGAAAUACACAUGUAGGAGGUUGCCUUUUCACAGCAGCUACUCCAGGAGUGGCUGUCCUAGCUAAUAGAUUUGGAAGAAUUUAUCAGUGGCUCUCAGGAAAAAGUGUGAGAGGCUGCAGGAAGCUGGGUCUUGUGGGUUGGGGCUGAAAGGCUGAAGGCAUGCAGGGUGCAACCAAGUUACUGAAUUGCUUGCCUCCUCCCCAGGCAUGUGACAGCAAGAGAAGCCUGCAGAGGAGUGUGUGUUUUCUGAGAGAUGCUUGAAUAGAUAUAGGGGUCCUGGCCUAGUCGUUCCUCUGGGAUUGCAUUGCAUAUAAGCUAUUGUACAUAAGAGAAAUACAGACAACAAAGAGGUGCUCA